AUGACGCGCUUCUGCUGUAACCAUGGUGACAUCCGUCUGAGGAUUCAUUUAAUUGCUGAGUUUUUUUUCGACGACCUACACGUCCUGUUUGCAUGACCUUCUUGGAUAAUUGUUAGCACGUACACCUUUUACUCUCUCCCUAUUUGAAUGCCGGUGAAUCAAAAUGCAAGGUCUUCAUCAGUUUUCAACGCCAUCUGACAAUUGGUGUCAGGUCCAUUUUGCCAACAGUGAAAUCAAAGUUGCAAGGGCCUCCAAACAAUACAUUUAUGAUGAUUUAGGAACUGAAUAUCUCGAUUGUGUUAGCAGUUCUGCUCAUGUUGGUCACUGCCAUCCACAUGUUGUUGCCGCAAGUCAAACUCAAAUGCAAAAGCUGUGGACCACUCAAGGAUUUCUAAAUGACACUUAUUCACUUUAUAUGAAAAAGCUGAUGGAUGUUCUUCCUGAGUCCCUUUCAGUUGUAUACCUCGUAAACUCAGGGUCUGAGGCUAACGAUCUCGCGUUGAGGCUUGGUCGUUUGUAUACUAAAAGAGACGAUGUAGCUAUCUUUGAGAGUAGCUACCAUGGAAAUAUAUCCAGUUUGGUGGAUGUAAGCAGCAAAUCAUUUAAGAGAUUGCCUCAAGGGAAGAAAGAAUUUGUUCACGUCAUUCCACUUCCGAAAUGUCAAAACAUCGAAGAUCAGACAGUCGAGAAUGAGCAAGCAAAUCAAGAAAAGUUUUGCGAAGAUGCCCAAAGGGUAAUUGAAAACGCUUCGAAAAAUGGACGAUCAAUUGGCAUCCUUUUGUCAGAAAUGGUCAUAUCAGCAGCUGGAUUGGUGAUACCACCUUUGGGCUACUUCAAAAACCUCUACCAGAUGAUUCGAAACCAAGGAGGUAUUUGCAUUGCAGAUGAAGUGCAGACAAGUUUAGGUCGCAUUGGAGGAGAUUUUUGGGCGUUCCAGUUGUAUGGUGUUGUACCAGAUAUUCUCACUUUUGGAAAAUCCAUAGGAAAUGGUUUUCCCAUUGCUGCUGUUGUAACAUCUCGAGAGAUCGCAAAUUGUUUGCCAGAGUAUAUGAAUACGUAUGGGGGAAAUCCUUUGGCGUGCGCAAUUGGUAAAGCAGUCUUGGAAGUGAUUGUCAACGAAAAGUUAAUGUAUUCAGCCAAAAUGGUUGGAAAAUCCCUUUUGGAAGGACUGAGAGGAUUGAUGUCGAAGCACCCAAGUAUCGGAGAUGUUCGUGGAAUGGGUCUUUGCGUCGGUGUGGAGGUAGUUUGUGGACGUCCAGAUAUGAAGCCUGCGACGAUUCUAGCUAAUCGCAUUCUUUAUAUGUUGAAGGAAGAAAAGGUGAUUGUUGCUACCCAAGGUGAAGAACGUAAUGUAAUCGCCCUAACUCCACCACUAUGCUUUACGUUGGACAAUGCCCGACGUGUCGUUGAAGCAUUCGAUAAGGCUUUCACGAAGGCCAACCAGAGUGAAGAGUCGGAACCAGUAAGGCCUAAUACGUCUUUUCUCGGACUGGAUAAUAUUCCGCUCAAUGUGAUGGGAGGUGACGAAGAAACAGAUACGUCUCCUGCUAAAAGACAGAGAACCUAUGAAGAAAUGGACUAAAGAUAGUUCAUGCGACUUUUUUCCCGUCUGUUUUAUAUAUUUGUGGCAAAAUCCUCAUAGUUUUAUAAGUUUUUGUUACUGCUCUGUUAACGUUCUCUAAAUCCUGCGUUUGUCCGUCGUAUUUCCAGCAUAUCCAAGAUAUCCCGACGGCGAUUAAGGGGGUGGUAUACAUGCAGUGCUUAAAUUCCUGAGAUUCUGGUCAAGGUUAUUAUAAAUUCAAAAUCUCAUAACUAAAGGUUAGGAGUUGUAUCUCAUUAUGUCUGGUCAUAACUGGAUUAGUUUAAAUUUUGGAGAGGAAAUAUCAUUGCGGGAUGUUUGUUUUUACUUUUUCAUUGUAAACAUUCUACAUUCAUUUAUAAAUUUUGGGACAAAUAUACGUUGUUAACCAAU